CCCCACCCACCACCAACCACCCCAAUGCGCUCCCUCCUCUUCCGCCGCGGCCUCCGCGCCCCUCCGCGUUACUACUCUACCCUCCGCGCCUCCUCGCGAUUAUCGCAAUACCUGUCGAUCACGCCGGAAGUGCAAUCGGCGCUGUCGGCCGGACAUCCCGUCGUCGCGCUCGAAUCCGCAAUCUACACGCACGGCUUCCCGCACCCGGCGAACCUCUCGCUCGCGCGCGAGAUCGAGGCCGUCAUCCGCGCGAACGGCGCAGUCCCCGCCACCAUCUGCAUCCUCAACGGCAAGGCGCGGAUCGGGCUCGAGGCGAAGGAGCUCGAGCAGCUCGCUGACGCAGCGGGGAAGAGCGGUACCGCUAAGGUGAGUAGACGAGACCUGGGAUAUCUCCUUGCUGGCGCGGGCGCGACGAAGAUCGGUGGCACGACGAUCGCGGGCACGAGUGUCCUUGCGCACCUCGCCGGGAUUAAGGUAUUCGCGACUGGUGGCCUGGGCGGCGUCCACAGGGGUGUUCAGAAUACCAUGGAUGUUUCUGCGGAUCUGACGGAGUUGGGACGCACGCCUGUCGCUGUUGUAUGUGCGGGCUCCAAAGCGUUCCUGGAUCUGCCACGGACACUGGAGUAUCUGGAGACCGAGGGGGUCUAUGUCGGCACGUUCAGGGAUGGGAGGGAUGCCGGGGAGGUGGUCGAGUUUCCGGCGUUUUGGAGUAGAGGGUGUGGUAUCAAGGCGCCGAGCGUGGUGGAAGAUGCGAACGAGGCCGCCAGGAUUAUCUACGCAAGCCAUUCCCUUGGCCUCACCUCGGGCCACCUCUUCACCAAUCCCAUUCCGGCGGCAUACGAGAUCCCGAACGAGGAGAUACAGUCCAUCAUUGCCGAGUCGGUGAAAGUGGCGGAAGGGAAGUCCAGCGGGAAAGACGUCACGCCGUUCAUCCUCAACGACAUACUCAAGCGCACCGGUGGUCGCAGCAUCGAGGCCAAUCGUGGGCUGAUACUGAACAACGCUGCGAUGGGAGCAAAGGUCGCCGUAGAACUGGCAAGGCUUGAGGGCACUGGCGAGCGUAGGCAGACACAUAUGCCGCACAUCCCACCCUCGCAGAUACGCCCGAAGGAGGAGGCAAACCCCGUAGUUCCAUCGCCGCCCCCAGAGGUGGUCGUAGUCGGCGGUGUAGCCGUAGACGUAAACUGCGACACUUCCUCGCCGACUCCAAGUCUGCACACCUCCAACCCGUCUACCAUCACCGAGUCCCUCGGCGGCGUCGGCAAUAACGUUGCCUACGCCCUGCACCUCUCCGGCGUGCGGACCCGCUUAGUAUCCUCCGUCGGCGCAGACCUUGCCGGCUCAUGGGUGCGCGAGCGCGUACAGGAGCGCGGGAUGGAUACCGAGGGAAUCUUCACCGACCCGGCCCGCGCUACAGCGAGGUAUGUUGCCGUCAACGAUGCCAACGGCGGGCUGUUCGUUGCUAGUGCGGACAUGAGGGUCAUCGAGCACCUGGGGACAGCAGAUGUCACCGAGGUGAUUAAAGCUGCGAAUGCGGAGUGGGUGGUUCUCGACGGGAAUCUAUCACAGCAGACGACAAAGGGAGUGCUCGAAUACUGUCUCAAAUCCGGGAUCAAAGACAGCAUGUACUCUGCGGCGACAGCGGCGGAGCUAUUCUCUACGUCGCUGCCGUGGUGGCCCACGAUCGAUGCACUCACGAUCGACAGCGGGUUCCGCGACCGCGUGGACCAACUGGCGGCGCGCACCGGCGUCGACCUCUCCGAGAGCGGAAUCGUCCAGAAGGCGGUGUCGCUGCUGCCGUACAUCCCACGGCUGUUCGUUAAGCUGGGCGAGCAGGGCGUCAUUGUUGUGCGCCUGCUGGAGGUGGGCGAGAAGCCGCGGAGGUCUAGGGAGAGUGUUGUUGUGGAGGCACGGGAGGGAGAGGAGGUGGGUGGUGUCGAGGUGAGGUAUUUUGCCGCUGAGAAGCUGGGAGUGGACGGCGUGCAAAGCGUUAAUGGCGCGGGGGAUACGUUCCUCGGCGUUCUGGUGGCCGCUAUGGUCCGUGGUCUGCCGCUGGAGGAGGCGGUGGGUGAGGCGCAGAAGGCCGCCGUGUUGACGCUCGGCGUGAAGGAGGCGGUUAGUGCGCGGAUACGUCCUUUGUAAACCGCCAGUCAAUGAAUUGAACCGUUAUAUAAAUACUCCUUGGUUAAGUACACCCAAACGCCCGAGCAAAAACAAAUCCCAUCCCAUCCCAUCUCAUCUCAUCCCAAAUGCCCCCCCCCGCCC